AUGGAUCGUGCUAGGAGGCACGAGUUGCGCGAGCUGAACGAGCGGGCUUGGAAUGGGGAGAAGGACCUUUUGCCCGUUGGCAACUCGCUCGACUCGACUAUGAAAAAGAACACUGCUUUCAUUAAGCGUCUGCGUACCGCCAUUUCUCCCGCGACCCUGAACACGUUCCUCCAAGAAAUCAAGACCGUUAGCCUGUCCAAAUAUCUUUCCGAGAUUGUCUCGGCUUGCCACGAAGGUCUAUGCAAGCUCAGGUCCCCGGGCGAGAUCGAGGCCGGCGUGGAGAUUGUCAGCGCUCUGCACCAGCGCUUUGGACCCGAUGACUUCACGUCGUACCUGGGUUGGUUUCUCGGGAGGUCCAUGGCUACACCUGAUAAGAGCGUUCUCAAAAGCCUUACCCCGGAAGCAAGAGACAAGGAGGAGAAGGAUCGAUUGGUUCGGCAGCGGGUCCUCCUCCGGGUCGUGACCGAGCUGUGGCUUGUUGAUGUCCUACGCACUCUAGACGACAUCAAGCGCCCAGACGAUGCCACCAACGGGGGUGCUGGAAAGCAGACCGAAGUGAAGUCCCGCGCGUCCGCCAAAGGAGGUGCUGCCGAACCAUUUCCCCUUGAGGUCUUAAAGGAUCUUCUUGGUCAUGAUCGGGAGCACGCAAACCUGCCGUUACUUGUCGUCUUCGUCAGGGCGUUUAAUUGGGAUGUUCUCGGCGUCAGGACUGUCGGCUCCGAGGGCCGUAAAACUGUUGAGGAAGACGGCGCAACCAAGGCUGGAGAGGCGGCUGAUGACCAAGAAGGCGAACCUGAACCAACAUCCGAAGAUCCUCCCUUCACUCCACCCGAGCUGCAGGAGCGCUUCAGAAACGUCUUGAAGCGCUACUUUGAAGAUGUCAAGAGCCACCUCGUCCGAGACCAAAAAGCUAUCUACAGCCAGUCUCGCAAGAAUGCCGAAGCUUACGUUAAAUCAGGCGAAGUCUUCGAAGACCGCCAGGCGAACUUUGAGAAGCAAGUCAAGGCACAGGAGCGUCUGGUGGCUAAUGCACAGAUCAUUUCGGAUGUCAUUGGGGCCGAGAUGCCGGAUUUGAAGGACAGCGAUGAUCCUUCAGGUGGCGCAAAUGGUUCCAUUGGCAUUGUAAAAGCUGGCGAAUACCUACGCGGCCAAGGCGACGGCUCCGGCAUCUGGGAGGAUGAAGAGGAGCGCCGUUUCUACGAAAAUCUCGUUGACCUACGGGGCAAGGUUCCUGGCAUUCUCCUCGAGGAAGUCAAGAAAAAGAAGGCCGAUGCAGAUGAGCAGGUUGGCAAGAAGGUCGACCCGGCGGAACUCGCCGAAGCUCCGAAGCCAGCCGACACCGCCGCCGACAACCAGUCGGUGGCAAUCGCAAACAAGACAAUCGGAGCUCAAGUCGAUGCUUUGCUCACCAGGUUGCCGGACCUCACUACCAAGGAUGCCAUCGACCAGACGGCCAUUGACUUCUGCUACCUCAACUCCAAGGCUUCGAGAAAUCGGCUUGUAAAGGCCUUGACAGACGUCCCAAAGGGCCGCGGAGAUCUUCUUCCCUGCUGGGGGAGACUUGUUGCUACCCUUGGCCAGUACAUGACAGACAUUCCCAAGGGACUCGUGGAAUACCUGGAUGCCGAGUUCCGCAGUUUGCAACGGCGCAAGGAAAAGGAAUUCCUAGGUCAAGUGAGGCUCAGCAAUAUUCGUUACCUCGCUGAACUGACCAAAUUCGGCAUUGUCCCCGAGCACGUUGUCUUCCAUUGCCUCAAGGUCAGCCUGGAUGAUUUCUCCCGCAUGAACAUCGAGAUCAUCUGCAAUCUGCUAGAGAACUGCGGCCGCUACCUUCUCCGAAACCCGGAGACGUCGCCCCGCAUGUCGACGUUCCUAGAGACGCUACAGCGGAAGAAGUCGGUACAACACAUCGGGCCGGCUGAGAGGAUGCUCAUCGAGAACGCCGUGUACUACGUUGACCCACCGCAGCGUCCGGCGAUCGAGCAAAAGGAGAGAACGCCGAUGGAACUCUUCAUCCGCAAGCUUGCCUACGCGGACCUGACCAAGCGGAAUUACAGCAAGGUUCUCAGGCAGAUUCGUCGGCUUCACUGGGAAGAGAAAGAGGUUGUCUCUGUGCUUCACAAGGUUUUCUCGAAGCCUGGAAAGGUCAAGUUUGGCAACAUCCACUUGCUUGCCAUCCUGUUGAGCGCCGUCAACAGGUACCAUCCCGACUUCGUGAUCGGCGUCAUUGACUCCGUGAUCGAGUCUAUUGCGUUUGGUCUUGAGCAAAACGACUUCAAGUCCAACCAGCGCCGUGUUGCCGAAGUCAAGUACCUUGGCGAGCUCUACAACUACAGGAUGCUCGAGCACCCUGUGAUCUUCGAUGUCAUGUACAAGAUCAUGACCUUCGGUCACGGUGGACCACCAAUCCCUGGCCGCAUCAACCCCUUCGAUCAGCCCGAUGACUACUUCCGCAUUCGUUUAAUUUCUACAGUUCUUGAGACAUGUGGGAUGUUCUUCAACAAAGGUGCCGCCGGGAAGAAGCUCGAUUACUUCCUCUCCUUCUUCCAGUACUACAUCCACGCCAAGAACCCUCUACCCAUGGAUAUCGAAUUCCUAGUCCAGGACAUCUUUGCUUUGUGCAGGCCUCAGUGGAAGCUAGCCUCUAACAUAGAGGAAGCUACAAAAGUGUUCCAGCUGGCCAUGGUCCAAGACCAGAAGACUUCCGGGCUCGACAAGGCCGACGCUGACCAGGACCCAUCCUACGAUGCGAGCGACUCGGAGGAGGAGGCCAUUGUUGUUACCAGGGAGGAAGAGGAGAUUGAUCCCGAAGAUGAAGCUGAUUUCGACCGCGAGUAUGCCAAAAUUAUGGCGGAAAGCGCCGAGACUCGCAAGUUCCAGCCGAAGCAGCAAGUCGACAUCCCCCUCCCUAUCCGGGCAAAGACUCGAGAAGCCACGAGCGGCAGCGAAACCGCCGAAAGCGGUCCCGGUACUCCGGGCGGAACAAUGGCCUUCUCUCUCCUGACCAAGAGGGGAAAUCGCCAACAGACCCGAACGGUUGAAUUGCCCUCGGACUCUAACUUUGCCGUGGCCAUGAUCAACCAGCGGCAGGUGGCAAAGGAAGAGCAACAGCGCAUCAAGAACCUGGUGCUGAACUACGAUCUUCGGGAAAACGAAGAACAGGAUGGUGAAGAGCACACGAACUCCUACAAGUCAAGCAUUAGUAUUCAUCACAUUUCUGCAGGAAACGAGAAAGCGCCAGCGCACCACCAUCACAACCGGCUCGACCCCCGGCUGGGCAAGGAGCGCGGACAGCGGGUCCGCAAGCUCCAACUCAGCGACGUUGACUGGUAUGAUAACCCCGGAAACAACCCCCUUCAAAAACCAGGGCGAGUGCCCUACGCUGCCCAGGGACAUCCCAGAGGGUCGAACCAGAGCUACCGGCGACGCAACAUAUGGCAACCACCCGUCCGUCAUGUGGCGGUGAAGCAAGAGCAUGACUAG